UCCGUCUGCUCCACUCGGGAUCUCGGGGACAGACACUCCGCUUCCCCCCUGCCCUCGGAGCUCGUUCCUGCGCGUCAUGGCGGCUCAGACCCGAGCUGUGGUGUCCGGCCAGUGGCUGGCAGAGGCCGUCCGGUGCAACCUCGUCGGUCCCAAGCUCCGCAUCCUGGAUACGUCGUGGUAUUUGCCGAAACUGAAGCGGGACACGAAGGCUGAGUUCGCGCAGAGGCACAUUCCGGGCUCCUUGUUUUUCGACAUAGACGGGUGCAGCGACCGGAGCUCCGCGUUCGAUCACAUGCUGCCGACCUCCAGCCACUUCUCCCGGUAUGUGGGCGACCUGGGCAUCGGCAGCGACACGCACGUAGUCGUGUACGACACCAGCGACUUCGGGUCGUACAGCGCGCCGCGCGUGUGGUGGAUGUUCCGGAUGUUCGGACACAGCCUGGUGUCGUUGCUGGACGGCGGCUGGAAGAACUGGCUGCUGGACGGUCACCCGGUCACAGCGGAGAGCUGCGUCCCGGAGCGCACGGAGUUCAGGGCCGCUGCCAAUCUGUCCUGGGUGAAGAGCUACGAGGACGUGUUGGAGAACGUGGGCACCAGGCGGGUGCAGGUGGUGGACGCCCGGUCUGCAGGCAGGUUCAGGGGCACUGAGCCGGAGCCCAGAGACGAUACGCUGCCCGGCCAUUUCCCUGGUGCGAUCAACAUGCCCUUCACUUCUUUCAUGGACGCCAGCGGGAAGGAGCUGGAAACCGAGGGCCUGUCCAAACUGUUCAGAGAGGCCGGGGUGGACCUGGAGCAGCCGCUGUGGACCACCUGUGGUUCUGGUGUCACUGCGUGUCACGUUGUCCUGGCUGCUCACCUGCUGGGGCACCCCGGGGCCUGUGUUUACGACGGCUCCUGGUCUGAAUGGUUCAAGAGGGCCAGUCCGGAGAUGAUCAUCUCAGAGGGAGAAGGAAAGAAGGUCUGAACAAACCACAUCAGACAGGCAGCUGUUUGUCUGCUGCGAUCGAUCAAGACCACUAGCUUGUUAUAAAAUGGAUUCACUAACAUAGGCCGUAGCAGGUUUUGUCAGUUGACAGAAUUGAUUGAUGAAAAUCUCCUGUGCAUUAUGCAAAUGUUACAAUUUGGAAACUUGCAUAAUUUGGAAUAAUCUACAACUAUCCUGAAAUAGUCUGUAAUUGUUUGUUGAGUGGUCGAAGAUGUUUUUGAUUCAUCUCUUGAAAAACGAUCAAGACAGGAGAAGACUGACUCUUGAAAAAUAUGCACUUUCUUUAUAGAAUCAUAGAUGAAUGAUGUAUUCUUAUAAAAAAUAUCACAAUAAAUGGUUUGUCUAA